AUGGACUUCAGCAAUUUGAAGGAAUCCGUCAGCAACCUGACCUUGUAUGAUCUCAAGGCGGGUGUGCGCAAAGUUCAGAACGCCGUUAUGAACUAUACCGAAAUGGAGUCCAAGGUUCGGGAAGCCACAAACAAUGAACCUUGGGGUGCUUCGACCACACUGAUGCAGGAGAUUGCCAACGGAACUCACAGCUAUCAAUUGCUGAACGAGAUUAUGCCUAUGAUCUACAAACGGUUCACCGAUAAGUCCGCGGAGGAGUGGCGACAAAUCUACAAGAGUCUCCAACUCCUCGAAUUCUUGAUCAAGAAUGGAUCAGAACGCGUGGUUGACGAUGCCAGAUCUCACAUGUCGCUGCUGCGGAUGCUCCGGCAAUUUCACUACAUCGACAUGAACGGGAAGGACCAGGGAAUUAAUGUGCGCAAUCGAUCAUCCGAGCUCGUCAAAUUGCUGGGUGAUGUCGAGCAAAUUCGCUCUGAACGCAAAAAGGCUCGUGCCAACCGGAACAAAUUUGGCGGAUUUGAGGGUGGCAUCAAUGCCGGAGGAAUGGGUGGCUCUUCCGGUCGUUAUGGCGGAUUUGGAAGUGACAGCGGGGGCUUUGGUGGAUAUAGUGGUGGUGUUUACGGAGAUGGUGGAGGCUUCGGCGGCGCCUCGAGCGAUUUCCAAGAAUCUUCUUCUGGCCGCCGGGGCAAUCGAUUUGAUGAAUACGAUGAAUACGACGAGGGAGAUGCGGUCUCAGCUCGACCCGCCGCUCCUCCAAAGCAGAAGAAACCAGAGCCGGCGCCUGCUCCUCCCCCGUGGCGAACAUGCUUGACUUUGACGAUGAGGAAACCGUGA